UUGUGAAGGUUCUGACAGGAAGUUGCAUUGGUCCGAUUUUAAUCUACACUCUUAUCUUGUUCCAACCAGAGCUCGCCCGACACACGCUCCAUUCAUCCUUGCGCCUUUAGUUGCGAGUGUACGUGACUUGCCUUGUGUGUUUGAAGAGGUCUUUAGCCAGGCAUGUCAGGCUCAACUUCCCCGCCUCGCUCGGCAGAGACUGUGGUAACCGAGGGGUGUUUUCCCCCCGGAUACAAGCCUUUCAAACCCGAGGAACACGGCCUCGAGCGCGGGUUCCGUCUCACAGCGUUUUCGGACCUGAAAGGAUGAGGCUGUAAGGUCCCGCAGGAGGCUCUGCUCAAACUCCUGGCGGGACUGGAGGCGGACCGGGCCGAGGGGACAGGGAAGGCCGGAGACCAAGCAUCAGAGUUCGGCCAACAAUUGCCUCGACUCGUACAAACCUUGUUUCCAGGUGUGGGGAUGGACUGCUGUGUGAUUCCAUUGAGGCAUGGAGGGCUUUCGCUGGUCCAGACCACCGACUUCUUCUACCCUCUGGUGGAGGAUCCCUACAUGAUGGGCAGGAUAGCGUGCGCUAACGUCCUCAGUGAUCUCUACGCCAUGGGCAUCACGGAGUGUGACAACAUGCUGAUGCUCCUGAGUGUCAGCCAAAAGAUGAAUGACAAGGACCGUGAGCGUGUGAUGCCGCUGAUGAUUCAAGGGUUUCGAGAUGCAGCGGAGGAGGGGGGGACUUCUGUGACGGGUGGCCAGACCGUGAUCAACCCCUGGAUCAUCGUGGGAGGAGUCGCAUCUGUUGUGUGCCAGCCUAACGAGUUCAUCAUGCCGGAUGGCGCUGUACCGGGGGACGUCUUGGUUCUCACCAAACCUCUGGGGACGCAGGUGGCUGUGAACGCUCACCAGUGGCUUGACCAGACUGAAAGGUGGAACAAGAUCAAGCUGGUUGUCACAAGAGAGGAAGUCAAAGAGGCCUAUCAGGAAGCCAUGUUCUCCAUGGCAACACUCAACCGCACAGCGGCAGGCCUAAUGCACAAGUUCCAGGCUCACGCCGCGACAGACGUGACAGGGUUUGGGUUGUUGGGACACGCAAACAACCUGGCAGCACAGCAACGGAACGAGGUGGCCUUCGUAAUCCACAACCUACCAAUCAUAGCCAAGAUGGCUGCCAUCAGCAAAGCCUGUGGAAACCUGUUUAACCUCAUUCAGGGCACGUCAGCGGAGACUUCUGGCGGGCUGCUGGUGUGUCUACCCAGAGAACAGGCUGCCAAGUUUUGCUCGGAGAUGAAGAGCCAGAGCUCAGCAGUUGGAGGUCAGGGGGCGGCGGGUGGAGCAUGGAUAAUUGGGAUCGUCGAGAAAGGCGACCGCCGCGCUCGCAUCAUCGACAAGCCCCGCAUUAUCGAGGUUCCACCACGAGGAAGCCAGGCAGCCAAUCAGGACAACAACUCCGCCAGCCCCGCCCCUAGCCCCAAUCUGUCAUAGACACUGUGUGUGUGUGUGUGUGUGAGAAUGGACAGCAUACAUUAUUAUUUAUCCAUCUUUGGAAAGAGCUGGGCCUACCUUUCACCAUUUUGGAAUUAACUGUAAAUUCAGGGUAGUGUUUUAUUUAGAUCGGCCUUUCUUCAAUAAUCCAUUUAGAAAACUCAUUUAUGUAACUCAUCUUAAAUGACUUUCAAUUCUAAUUGUUUUUGCCAGUCAAUAAUGAAAAUUUAGUGUAAAUGUGUGUAUGUUUGAGUAUUUUAUCAUGUGACUGGGGGCUGUGGAACAGUUCAACAGUUUUGAAGUGGAUGAUGUUAAUGUUCAUUCAUGUUGAUGAAUGUAUCAUGUGAAAAAGAAAUGGUUUAUGGGUCCUGGUACCUGGCUCUGCCCACGCGGCCUGGAGGAAGGCUUGAGCAGCUUCCUUUGGACCAGCUGGGUGGCGUUCAGAACGCCCAUCUGUCAGCUGAUUGGCUGUCCAGCACCAAGUCCCUCCCACCCUUCCUUUUUAUGAAGCUCUGCCUUUAAACCCCGGCCAACGGGGGCCGGUGGAGUGGAUGUUUGCCUUUGGAUUGGGGUCGGGCUCAGGCUGCUGGAGGUCUAAAGCUUCCUGCUUUUCACAAUCAAUAAAACAGUCAUCGACUCACACUAAAA